GAAUCACACGAAGACAACGAUGUGGCGGCCGCCGCCCUGCACACGGGUGCUUACUGUAAACAAGAGUGUCUCAUUGAGCACACAUAAACGCACAGUUAACAUGCAGUCUCUCCUCAGCGUCGGUGUUAAAGCCCCGUCGAUGGUGUUAAGCGCACAUUUCUUCCAACAUAUAAACACACAAUCAAGAGGCUGCGUCUCAUUGGCUGCCUGUUUUCCCUCCUGCUCGCUCCCUCCCCCCCCGCCACCCGUUUGCCUCCCAGUCGUAAUUACUUUUUUAAAGAUCAUCAUUGGACCAUUUCCAUCACACCAACCCCCAGCACCUCCACCACUGCUGCUCCCUCCUCCCUCACUAUCUGCCUCUCAGGGGAGGGAGGUGUGGCAGGGAUCAUGUAAAUAAAUCCUCCUCCUCCCCCUUCUCUUACUCUCUUUACUCCCUCUGUCCUUUCUCUUUAUGCCCCUUUUUUCUUCGCAUCCUCAGCUUUUUGCGCUCCAGCAUCUCCAUCCAUGAACUGGCUCACUGCUCUCUCUCUCUCUCUCUCCCCCUCUGUGCGUGGACAUCGUUGGGUGAGGGGUGGAGGUGAGGUGGAGUGAGUUGGGGGUGGGGUGAGGGGGGACUGCAGAGCCCUUCGCAGGCAGCAUCCAUCUCCUCGCAGCCUUCAACCUCAAAACUCGUAUGACAGCAGCUUAACCGGAGGCUAGACUUCGUCACGCUUCCGCAGCCGCCACACACUCCCCUACAACACCCCCCCCCCCCCCUCACCCUCCCUCCCUGACGCCACACACCCCCACCCCCCUGCAACGAGACUCCUCUCCACACACUCUGUAGCUUGUGAGACUGAAGGCAGGCUCGGUGCGUGGAGGGAAAGACAGAGAGAGAGGAGAGAGAGGAGAGAGUGAGGCUUUCCCAGAAUAGAGAAGCAGGAGGAGGUGAGAGGGAGAUGAUGAUGGAAGCGAGCUUCGACACUGAGGAGAGUUUUGAUGAUCCCUCCUGUCUCGCCCCGCAGCCCCCCGGCUCGGUUUCGCCAGCCAAGAGGCACAUCAAGGAGGUCAAGGAGACCAAGAUCACUGUCAACUGUGUGACCUUCCCUCUGCCUGGAGAAGGUCCAGAGCAGCAGCUCCUGAAGCCCAACGAAUGGAGCUACUGCGACUACUUCUGGGCCGACAAGAAAGACCCCCAGGGGACCACCUCUGUGGCGGGCUUCGAGGUUCUUCUUCAGAAGCAGCUGAAGGGCAAACAGAUGCAGAAGGAGAUGGCCGAGUUCAUCCACGAGAGAAUAAAGAUUGAAGAAGAAUAUGCCAAGAACCUCUCCAAGCUGUCUCAAAGUCCCCUGGCAUUGCAGGAGGAAGGGACUCUUGGAGAAGCCUGGACUCAGCUGAAGAAGAGUCUUCACGAUGAGGCUGAAGUUCACCUUAAGUUCUCCAACAAGCUCCACACUGAGGUGGAAAAACCCUUGUUGACGUUCAGGGGCGACAACUUCAAGAAGGACCUGAAAAAGUAUGAUCAUCACAUCGCCGACCUCAGGAAGCAGCUGGCGAGUCGCUACGCAGGUGUGGAGAAGGCCCGGAAAGCCCUGGCGGACAGACAGAAGGAUCUGGAGGUGAAGACCCAGCAGCUGGAGAUCAAACUCAGCAACAAGACAGAGGAGGACAUAAAGAAGGCCCGGCGGAAAUCCACACAAGCAGGAGACGACCUGAUGCGCUGCGUGGACCUGUACAACCAAACCCAGUCCAAGUGGUUUGAAGAGAUGGUCACCACCUGCAUGGAGCUGGAGAAGCUGGAGGUUGAACGCAUCGAGUGGAUUCAGCAGCAUUUACGCCAGUACACGACUCUGCGGCAUGAAACAGACAUGUUUAAUCAGAGUAUGGUGGAACCGGUCGACCAGUUGCUGCAGAACGUGGAUCCAAGCAAAGACAGAGAGCUGUGGGUGAAGGAGAAUAAAACCGGCGAGGUUCGACCCGUGGAUAUGGACAUAUAGACCACCCUGACCUGGGAUCAGCCAUUCUGUCUUCAGUAUUGAAACAUCCGCAGAACACUUCAAAUUUCACUGAUCCAGGGACAGUGCAUGUUCAGACCACCGAGGUCUGCUCAUCCUCCCUCUGACUGGAAUAUCAGGAGCAAACGUUCAUGCUUAACACAAUCUGAGUGCAGGACACAGUAACGGAUCAAAGUACCAGCAUGUUCCUCUGAAGUCGUAACCCUGUCAUAGCCAACAUUAGCUUAUUGAAUGCCAUUUAACAUAUUCUGCUGUUUACCUGUUGUAAAGUUGACACUAUUAGACAAAUUAUAUGUAUUUUGAAUUGUUUAGUUUAGCUUCAAUUGACACUUUUCCAGUUUGAGUGAACCAAACAAAAAAAAAAAGUGUGAUUAUUGAUAUUAUCUUUAUUUUAGAUACCGAUAUUGAAGCAUAUUGAGAUCUUAGAAUGAAUAUGAUAUAUUUUCAUAUUUUGCUGGUUCAUUUUGGUGGAAAUGCAUGUUUUGAAUAUCUUGCUUCUACUGUGUAUGGAGAGCUGCAAAAUCUGUUGAACCAACAUUGGCUGUUUUUGGUGUAGUUCACUGAAAUUACACGAGGUAUUCUGCAUCUUGUACAAGUGACAGAAUCAAUUUAGGAACUUUCUGACAAACAAACAACAAAAAAGGAGACUUUACGUGUACAGAGUUAAUAUCCACUAACCUCAACUGUUUAACAAAACGCACACAAACACACACACACACACACAGUGUUUUGGAAUGUGAAUUCGAUUAUGCUCACCACACGUUCCCAACACGUGGUCGACAGGAUUUAGGCCAGGGUCUAUUUUGGAUCAGUCCGGAGGAAAAAGGUGGUCCAAGCUACACUGAAACACCCUUUAGUGCCUAACGGUUAUAUACCUGGAAUGUCCUUGACAUACUCUACUCUGCAUCAGUGUACAUUUGUACAUACAGGCUAGAUGUAUUUUGCUGUCAGAUGUUUAACAGGUCCCACAUCUCUGGGCCGAUGGCGUGUUUGUACUGUACAAUGUUGUUUGUCUUAUUUUUGGUAAAUGUACAGGGAACAUCUUUAUGAUGGUGGCAGGUUAAGUCGGGCUACGAGCAGCAGAAUGCAAAACUCAUAUUAAGAGAAAAAGAGAAGAUAAAACAGUGAAUUUGUGAUAUUGAUCUCGAUCCAGUGGAUGGACUCCUUCCACAUGCACAAAUGCAAAUGAAACAUUUUAUCAGAGACUGCAUGUACAGUAUGUGUCUGUGUUUACAUGUAUGUGUCUGUCUUUGUCCGGCCUGUGUGUUCUGGAUUUGUUUGGGUUAUUAGAUGCUGAUGUUUGUUUUGUUGGGGUUUUUUUAUUUCUCAAAAGCACGAAGCCAAUCAAAUAAGGAUUGAAGUUGUAAUCCUAAUCCUAAUCCAGGCACAAGAAAAUGACCAUGAAAAAAAAUAUUUAAAUGCUUACCUGCCUUAUCAGCGACAUCGAUAAUGCACAAAGGUCAUCGUUUUUCUAUUAAACAAGGAAAAGUUAUCUUUAUUUGAACUGUGAAUGGAUUCAGCACAUUCAGACUUUGCUUUAAACCAAAAAGGCUUCAUGUGGGUCUGACUGGCAUAUCUGUUGUAGAGGUUUUAUCAGUGUGUGUCAAUGUUGUGCGCUAAACGUAACAAGUUAUUAUGUUCAAACUAAAUGUUCUUGACAAGCAUCGACAGUUUCAUGACGUAACGGUUGAGUUUACUGCCCUUCUGUGAUUAACACUUUCAUAACGUGCAUUCAAUCCGAUGUUCCCGAUGUUUUGAGAAUGUUUGAUCAUAGGUGACCUCUGUCCAGACGGUGUACUGUGGAAUGCAGUGUCCAGAAUAAAUCUCCUCUUUGGAAAUUAAAUGUCACGGUAUGUUGUUAUGUAACCGCAUUGGGGGGUUCAGAAACCGGAAGUUAUAUUUUACUUCAGCAACUGUGUUUAGGAGACCACCUGAACCCUCUUUUUAAUCAGCUCAGGUUCAUCAAACUCCAUUGGAUCCAGUCCAGCACAGAUUGGAGGGGAAAUUAAGGCAGGUGGAUGGACACGGAUACAGCGUGUAUCUUUCCAGGUAUUAACCUGUGCCAAAACAGGCUUUAGGACACAAUCGUACAAAGCCAAACUCUGUAAGCAAAGCGGUAUAUUUCAGACUACACAAGACUCUGCAAAGCUGUGCGACUAGCCUGUUUUUUUAAUACUGUUUUUGGCUGAUGUUGUAUAUUUUCAACUUGCAUGAAUGUUGCAAAGAAUGCAAAUUUUGGAUUUUUACAUCAUUAGUGUGGCCUGGCACGAGCAGAUGAA